UCUCGGAGCAACACGGAUGAUUGAAAUUCUCUCGAUCUUCGUGGAUGAUAACGAGUGAUUGGUAGUAACACAUACGACACGUUAUUACAUCAUCAAUAACUCGAUCUACGAGACAUAAUCGGUGAGCCUAUUAACAAGGCGAUCGAGAGAUUACUACCACUUUAAAAAAGAGAAAGAUAAAAAUAAUUAAUCUUAGCGACGCUAAUUAGUCGCAUUCCAAUUCUAUUAAAUCAAGAGAGACACGCGAUUGAAAUCAUCGACGGGCGGAAAGACGAGAACAAGAUAAUGCAGAAGAUAGCGGUGAUGGCCGCGGUGCAAAAGGCCCACGGCUAUCAUAACGGCAGCAACGCUUACGGGGAUGCGAGUAACGCCUCACCGGAGUAUAACGGCUCCUCGUCAACCAGCAAAAGCGGUCGUUUCGACGCAGAUCUGCACGGCAAUGUUAACAUCCUUCUUGGUGGCGCCAUGAUCAGCGGUGUGAUCAUGAUGGUGGUGCUCAUAUGCUAUUGCUGUCACAAAAACGUCCGGAAGCAUCGACCGCAGGAAUACUCGCAGUACUGGAGAGCCGAACCGGACAUUCAUAGUCUGGAAGUCUUCACCAUGGAUACACACUGCAUCGAGAGAUCGAUAACAUCUCAAACUCAUCAGGAAGAGGGAAUGACUGUGUCUCUGCCGCCGUGUUCUGUGUCCUCAGGUCCGCCACCGGCCUACGAGAGCCUCAUCUUCGACCCUCGGACACUGCCCUCGCCGACCGACAAGAAGGACGAGUCUGACGAUCCGGGCAAUAUUAUCUCAUCCCCGAUAAGCAGCUUGCCUACCGAGUCGGAGGCUAACAGGAUCAACAAACGGGAAGAUAUCCCGAGGGAUGAUCAGGGUUUACCUUCCUACGAAGCCGCCCUAAAAUUAGAAGCUGACGGCUACGUUUAAGAAACGAAUAAAGGUUCACCGAAACUAUUUCGAUCGCGAAUUUUCAAUCGUGAAAUUUCCAGAGCUCUUAGAUAAAACGCCAAAUCAUGGGUAUCAAGGAAAAAUUCCAUAAUCGACAAAGACUCAGUCGACUGUAGGCUGUCGCCAGCUGAAAUUAAGUCUCGCGAAAGCAUCUGUGAGAGAAUGGAACUGUGCAAGGAACUGAGAUUGAUUUUUAAUUGAGGAAAUGGAAGAAGAAAAAAGAAAUAGAUGAUUGAGUAAAUUUGUAGAUUUGUGAAUCGAAGACAAGUUGCGAAAGAAAUUUCAAGCGUAAUUUUUAGAAAGGAACUAUUUUCAUCUGUGCGUGAAUUAAGACGCACGAAAGUACAGAAUAAUUUUAAUCAAAGAGAUGUAAAAAGAGGAGAAAAAAGUUUAGUAAAGUUUUUAAAUAAGAUUUUUUUAGAAUUAAUGAAAAAAAAGACAUUGGGCGUUAUAUCAAAAAUAUUCUAAAAAUUUUAGAACAUUAUUCUCCUCUUGCCUUAUUGAAUGAUUCUAAUUCUUAACGAUAGAAUGGUAUAGAACGAAAAACUACAAAAGAUAAAGUGCCUGAACGUACAUCCUUUUUCGAAACAUGUGUAAACGGAGGACAAGAUGAAAGAAAAGCGAUGAAGUAAUUUUUCGAAAGUACGUACUGUUUUUCUUUCUGUCUUGUCUAAGUAAAACAACACAUAAAAUCUUUGAGAACGACUUUUCAUCUACAAGAUGUAAUAAGAAAAUUUUCAGAAGAUAUAACCUCGACUUUUCUAUUUUUCGAUAAUCUCUAUGAUUAAAUGUGUCGAUAAUAUUUUAAAUAUAGGAGAAAACGCGUCGUAGAAAUGUACAGAUAUACAAAAAUCGAUUUAUAGAAUGCGAAAUAUAUAUAGAAUGCGCCGAAAUGUAGCACAAGUUAAUGUCAGUAUACAUGAAAACGGUACGUUUGUAAGUCGUGGCCUCAGGCAAUGAACAGAAAGACCUAAUUUCGCAGAUAAUUACAUUUUAUAGAUGUUAAGAAGGAGAAUACUUAACGGCAUAUUUUUCCCGGUCGGUCAUUAGUUUAAGAGAGCAAGAACGGACAUAGAAACGCAGCACCGUUAGAUUACAAUUUCCGUUUGAAUAAACAAUGCUCAUCGCUAUAAACGUAAAUGAUACUUCGUGUAAUGCGCGCACGACAUCGCGGAAUUUAUGCGGUGUUUCGCUAGGAAAACGCUUCGAAACAUACCAUUUUACGUAGAACUUUCCUCUGUAUAAUAGAUGAAUAUGUAAAUAAAUAGCUGUGCAUUCAAUAUGCAUUUUUAGGCGUACACCGGCAACAGCUGCAAUGAUGAUUUAUUAUUACGUCGACCGUAUGAAUAUUAAGUAGUAAGUAUUAUCGAUGAAACUGUGCCUGACACGAACGAGUUACAUUCGUAAGAUUUUGCGCUUUAUACAAACACGCGCAUAACAAUUUUUUUA